AUGUUACAAUCUUUUUUGAAGAUAUCAACUUCACUGUUGUCCCUGUGGAUUUAUAGUUCAAAUGUGGCGACUGUAGCUAGUCAAAAUGUCGAAUGUAACGUAGGAUUUUCACUAAAGUCGGGUGGUAAAGGAGUAUGCAAGCAUCUUGGAUCAUCUAGCAUUGAUACAUAUCACUGUCCUUAUUCAAGGUGCUGGUGUCAAAAUCAUCAGUGGAUUCCAAUUUCUGCAUGCCGCCUGCGAGGAUCUGGAGUUCCUGGCACAAGUUCUCAACAAUGUGCAACAUAUGAUCUCGUGGCAGGCAAUAGUUUCAAUUGUAAAAACCCCGGAGGUAUAGCUUAUACAUGCCAUCCUGAACGUUAUCCUCCCGUCAUGAUAUGUGACACUUGCACAUGGGUACCAGACUCGUAA